GUUAAUCGGAUGCCAGCAAGCGUCGCGAGCGCGUUCGUAUUUAAGAUGUCGAGUCUAAAAUUUAUUGUUUUUUUAUUCCUCGUUGCCAUGGUGAUAAGUCAAGAAUGUAAAGAUCUCAUAGUAAACACAGUGAAUGGUGAGUUAUUGGGUGAAUCGCGAGUUUCUACGGGUGGCAGGAAAUUCGUUAGCUUUCUUGGUGUUCCCUACGCCAGCCCGCCGAUUGGAGAAUUUAGAUUCAAAGAUCCUCAACCGAUGCCGCCGUGGACCGGGGUAUGGAAUUCGACGCGCAUUCCCCCCGCCUGUCUUCAAUUCGAUCCUACGAUUAAUGGGAUUAUAGGUAGCGAAGACUGUCUGUUCGUAAAUGUCCACACACCGAAUCUGAGCCCUAAUGCUUCGCUACCAGUGGUUAUCUUCAUCCACGGCGGAGCAUUCGUUUACGGAGCUGGAGGACAGUUCGACGGUGUCCAUAUGAUGGACAGAGACGUGGUCCUCGUAACAGUUAACUACCGUUUGGGACCAUUAGGUUUCCUAAGCACGGGCGAUACAGUAAUACCAGGCAACACUGGUCUGAAGGACCAGUCAUUCGCCUUGAAGUGGGUUCGCGAUAACAUCAAGGUGUUUGGCGGCAACCCUGACAGUGUCACACUUACCGGAUUGUCAGUUGGUGGUGCUAGUGUGCACUACCACUAUCUGUCACCACUUUCUAAAGGUCUAUUCCACCGAGGAAUUGCUUUCAGCGGUUCAGCUUUUUCACCUUGGGCUUAUUCUACUAAACCUGUGCAAAAGGCCAAAGAACUGGCCUCCCUUGUUGGUUGUGCUACCAACAACAGUCGGGAAAUGGCAGAGUGCCUUCGGUAUAGACCUGGAGAUAUGCUAGUCGAGGCUCAAAUUGAGAUGUUUGACUGGAGAAUGAAAUGGUUGAAUAUAUUCGCGCCGACUGCGGAGGAUUCCGCAACGAAGGUUCCUUUUCUCACUCAACAUCCUUAUGUUGCCAGUCAAGCUGGAGCGAUGCAACGUCUCCCACUCGUCGCUUCAGUGACCUCUGACGAAGGGCUGUAUCCCGCAGCAGCCUACCAAAGAGAGCCCACUAUCCUACCAGAGCUGGAAGCGAGAUGGGAAGAACUUGCCAGCAACAUUUUCGAUUACAAUGACACCCUGCCUAUUAGCACGCGCUCCAGUGUUGCCAAUAGGAUAAAGCAGAAGUACUUGGAGGGCAGACCUGUUUCCCAAAACACAUUUGAAGAGCUCGUUCAAGCUCUCGGAGAUCGUUUGUUAAAGUCAGAUGUUGGAAAGAUGCCACUUAUACACGCCUCACGGUCCCGCCAACCGACCUACUUCUAUCGCUUCUCCUACAAGUGGCAAUACAGCUUCUCCAACAUUUUGGCCCGAAACUAUGAAAGCUAUGGAGUGAGCCACGCUGAUGAUGUUAUACUAGUUCUCAAGUUCCUACCGACGGAGACAACUCGCGCUGAAGAUCUGCAGAUGAGAGCUGCUCUUCUCGAUAUGAUCUACAGCUACGCCACGACUGGAGUACCAAAACUGCCAAAUGCUCCCACAUGGUUGAAAGUUAAACCGGAUCAAACUGAAUUAUCUUACAUGGAAAUAGCCGGUCCGAGAGAUAUGACAAUGAAAUCCAGCGCGGACUUCGGCAACAAAACCUUCUGGAGCAGCCUCGGCUUCAAUGAAAAUGAAAACUAUAACGGAAUAUACAAUGAAUUUUAGACUAAUAGGAA